AUGGAAGCUACUUAUCAUUACAGCAAAGCCAAAUCACUAAUUCCAGUGAAGCACAACACAGGAAAUGAAACUACAACCAAGUUUACAUCACAAAUUCUGAAGAAGCACAAACAUGAGAAAUUAUACAGUUCAAAUCAAUCUCA